AUGGCUUCAGCGACCAUUCGCUCACUUUUGAUCUUCUCCAUCUUUGCACCGCUUUCAGCAGCUACACAAAGUUGCAAAUGUGCACCGACCGAGCCAUGUUGGCCCUCCGACUCCGAAUGGGCUACCUUCAACACCACCAUCUCCGGCCGGCUCAUCCGCACCACGCUCCCCGCCUCCGUCUGCUACCCAUCCGAGCCGGACUAUGAUCGUGCCGCCUGCGAUGCCCUCAUACCCGAAUGGCAGACGUCAGAGUUCCACUCGGACGACCCAGCCAGCAUCCCAGACCCCAGCUACGCGAACAACAGCUGCAACCCCAUCUACGCCAACGGCACUAACCUCUACAGCGACACCGCAGCCGGCAGCCGCGGCUGCCACAUGGGCAAGUACCCGCCGUACGUCGUCAACGCGACCGAGGCCGCCCACGUGCAGGCCGCCGUCAGGUUCGCGACGGAGCAUAACCUCAGGCUGAACGUCAAGAACACUGGACACAGCUCCAUGCGCGCCGUCGCCUAUGGCUCCCUCUCCAUCUGGACCCACAACAUGAAAACCGCCACCUUCCACCCGUCCCCUUUCACCCCCGCCGGCUGCUCCGCCCCUCACAACACAUCCACACACAUGGCCGCCACCAUCGGCGCCGGCUCCCAAGGCCGCGACGUCGCCGCCCUCGCCACAUCCCACAACGCCAUCAUGGUGACCGGCACGAGCGACGACGUCGGCGUCCUCGGGUGGGCCUCCGGCGGCGGCCACGGCUUCUUCACUGGCAAGUACGGCAUGGGCGCCGACAACAUUCUCCAAGCGACCGUCGUCACCCUCUCGACUGGGGAGGUGCUGGUUGCGAACGAGUGUCAGAACGCAGACCUCUUCUGGGCGCUGCGCGGCGGCGGCGGGGGGACGUACGGCGUCGUGGUCGAUGUGACGAUGAAGGCGUACGCGAUGCCGAGCACGAACACGAUUGCGUUCGUCGUGACGCAAAGGAACGGGACGAGUAGGGGAGACUGGUGGCGCGUCGUGGCCGAGUGGCAUGCGCGGCUGCCGGCGCUGAAGGACGCGGGCGUGGAAGGGUACUACAUCAUGAACGGGCCGCGGGCGGGCGAGGUCGGCGGGGUGACGUUGACGGGUACGCUGUUUCUGCACGGCGCGCCGAACGGGACUGCGCGGGCGGCGUGGGAGGGCACGGUUGGGGAGGUGUUGGAGGGGGCGAAGGCGAAGGGGCUGGUUGAUGUGGAGGUGGUUUGUCGGCACUUUGCGAAGUGGUCGGAGUUUUACGAGACUGUGCCGAGUAUCGGGUCCGCUGGUGGUGGCGGCGGCGCGAGGACUUCGAGGCUCUUGACGAGGAGGGCGUUGACGGAGGAUGUGGAUCUGCUGGCGGAGGUGUUGGAGUAUACGGGGCCGAGGAAUGCGCCGGAGAAGGGCGGUGUAUCGAACUUUGGCAUUUCUGGGUCAAUGGUUGCGUCUCCUGUCGCGGUUAACAGCUCUCUGAACCCUGCCUGGAGGGAUACCGUCGUACACUUCAUCGUAUCGAACAGCUGGGAUGAUAGUUUGUCUGAGGAGAAGGUGCAAGAGGCGCAAUAUGACAUGACCAAUAACCGCGGGAACGCACUUCGUCAACUGGCUCCAGAGUCCGGUGCUUACUGGAACGAGGCGGACAAGGACGAGCCUGACUGGCAGCGGUCGCUAUAUGGACCCAACUAUGCGGAGCUGGGCGCUAUCAAAAAGAAGUACGAUCCUUCUACUCUUUUGUGGUGCGAGAAGUGUGUCGAAAGUGAACUGUGGUCUGAGAGGGAGGACGGGAGGCUCUGCCGGAACUGA